AUGGCCGUGGCCUUUUCCGAGACCUUGCCUCCAACCUUUCCGCUGCGUACCGACGGCAUGCCGCAUGUUGCGCUCGAGCCCAAGGUUGAAGAGGGCGACGAACCCGCCGAGGGAGCUCGUCGUCGACCGACCUGGCAGGACGAAAACGACCGUGAGCAUCCAAUGGACAGGCGGAAGCCAAGCUGCGCGCAUGCUGAACAGGCACGAUCGCUUGAGAGGGAGCAUCUGGCCUCGUCGGCGAGCACAUGCCGGACCAUGUCGGACGAGAGGAAUGGGGGCGCAUUUGCCGCCUUGUCGCACCAUGACAUGGACGAUCUGGAAGGGAUGCUCAUCGGUUCCAUGCCAAGAACGAUGCGGCACACUGCAUCGCGCGCCGGAAACACGGCCGGCGCCUCGACGACCGUGGAGGAGGCGGGUAUAAGAAGCCGAGGGCCCCGGCGUGGUCCGACGGCAGAUGCCCCGGCCCUCCAUCGUCGUCUCGCGUCGCCUUCGCCAUCCCUCGUCGCCGCCCAAAAAACCCAGCCCAAACGUCCAGUCCCCUCGAGCAAGAUGAAGGUCAUCGCCGCACUCGUCUCCUUGGCCGCCAUGGCCACGGCCGCGCCCGCGUCGCCGGCGCAGAUCAUCAACGUGUCCGUCGCGGGCGGGACGUCGGGUGCCCCUGGCAUCUUCGGUCAGGGGAGCAACCUCGUCAGCAACAUCUUUGACAGCGCCGCCUGCCUCGUCAGCAACGUCAUCGGCGGCGGCAACCCCAACUGCCGCGGCCAGGGCGUCGGCACGACCGGCGACGGCAUCGACCCCAGCACGUCGGUCGCCUUUAGCUACAGCUACAGCACGAACCAGGACGGCACCCUCAAGGUCAAGGUUUCGCUCAAGAACGGCAAAUCGUGCACCUACGACCUCAAGGCGGAUGGGAAGCUUCUGAAGGACGUCAUCGCCGACGCGGGCCACAAGUGCGCCGUGUCCAAGUAG